AGGCCAUCUCAUUUAACUAUCCACCUAGUGCUAUCUUUAGCUUUUACAUUUUUUCACACGAGAGACAUAGAGUGGAGGGCUGGUUAUUUAAAACCUUAGUCAGUUUAUUUCUUCUUCCUCUUGGAAGGAUCUUUGAAGUUCAAGAAAAAAUGGCAAAGAUUUUUGGGAUAUUUGCAUGCUUAGUGAUUGUGGCUUUAGAUGCUGUAGCUGGGCUUCUUGGAAUUAAAGCUGAAGCAGCUCAAAACCAGGAAAAACACUUGAAGCUAUGGUUUUUCGAGUGUAAAGAGCCAAGCCAUGAUGCAUUUAUUCUAGGUUUAGCUGCUGCUGGUCUUCUAUUAGCUGCUCAUAUUCUUGCUAACCUUGUUGGAGGUUGCAACUACUGUUACUGCACUGGUGAUGACAUUCAAAAAGCACCUCCAAGUAGACAAUUAUCUCUUGCUUGUCUUCUUUUCACAUGGAUCAUAAUGGCAGUAGGAAUGGGAAUGCUUGUUAUUGGGACAAUGGCAAACAACAAAUCAAGAGCUUCAUGUGGAUUAUCACAUCAUCAUUUCUUCUCAAUUGGUGGAAUUUUGUGUUUUGCACAUGCCAUCUUUUCCAUAGCAUUCUAUGCCACAUCUACUGUCACACUUGCAUAGUGUCACAUUUUCCUAAUUUAGUUUACUUUACAACGCUUUUUAUUUUAUUUUACUUCCGUUUUUAUUUGUUUGAUCUUUAAAAGAUUGGUGAUGUAUGUGCUGAUAACUAUCGCUUUACAUCAAAGUUGUAAGAAUUAGUUUUGGAGACGA